AUGUCACAAGAAGAUGAUUUAGUCCCUGAAACAGUGGAAGGUUACACUGUAGGAGAAAAGAAAACCAUAGCUGAAUACACAAAAUUGGAUGCUGAAGACGAAAGUUUAGCGAAAUGGAAAGCUUCUCUUGGAUUGAGCGAUGAUUCCACCGCUUAUCCAGUCAAAGCCGGCGACAAGCGUAAGGUUGUGAUUGUGGAGAUGUCUCUUCAAUUCCCAGACCAACCAGGUCUUGAACCAAUUGUUAUCAAUUUGGAAGAUGCUCAGGGGAACACCAUUGCAGGCAAAGAGAUCAAGUUCAACAUCAAGGAAAAAUCCAUCUACCAGUUCGUCAUCAAGUUCCGUGUGCAACAUGAAAUUAUAACUGGGUUGAAAUACCUUCAUCUGAUCAAGAAAACUGGUAUCAGAGUGGACAAACUCGAAGAGCCUUUGGGUUCUUAUGCUCCAAACACCAAGGACAAGCCAUACUAUGAAAAAAUCUUCAGUGAAGUCGAAGCUCCAUCCGGUAUGUUGGCUAGAGGAAGUUACUCGGCUAUUACCAAGUUUGUUGACGAUGACAAGACUGUGCAUUUGAGUUUCCCAUGGUCUUUCCAAAUCACUAAAUAA